CUUGAAUUUGUUUUGUUCGUCUCAACUGUGAGGGUAUAUGAUGGGUUGCGUGGCUGGCGUUCAUGUAGUUGUAGGCUAUAAAUACACUUCUUUCAGUCUUGAAGGGUAUACCCAAUCCUGCUGUUAUGUGUUAUGCUAAUGAGUUGGACUUGAUCUCCAAUAACAUCCUAUUUGAUAACUGGGUGACGAUGAACUGUUGUCGCGUGAUUGUACACGGCCGAUACUGUUGUUAAGCUCCGAAGAUCUACAACGUGAUCACGUUUGACUGGACUGGCGACAGUGAAGUGUUUCUGCACAAGAGACUGGGUGAGUUCUUAUGUGUGAUGAGUUACACAGACCUGUAUUGAAUACAUUAUAUGUAAGAAAAACGCCAUCUGAAGAUUUUAGCUUAACUAUUGCUGACUUUCUAUGUUUUCAGAUCGUAUAUGUAAUAUCUGGCUUGCCUGGCGACUCAGUUGUUUUCACGUCGAGGCUUGUUUGGUUUGUCAGCAUAUGCAUUUGUUUUAGCGCCAUCUGUAUAUGCUUAAAUGGAGUUUGAAUAAAUCCCUGUUAACUGAAUUGCUCUUAGCUUAUUUGCUACAAAAGCUCAGGUUACCAUCAUGUCCGUCAAGUUAAAUAACGCUGGACUCCGACCGUUUCCAACUAAGAUACUUCGAGGGGACUCAUUUCGUCAGGUUCUUAUCAGCUGCUUGCAAAGUGGUUACAGUUAUUAAUAUAUAGAUAUGGUUGUUAGCGGGAAAUGUAAGUAUCAUGAUGUACAGAUUAUCACGAUCGAGUUAAGCCUACUAAAAAUCUCAGUUUCCAGGACGUAGAUGCUGGAACCAGUAGUUUUGACGUUAUCUAAGUGCUUUAAGCGGUUCGAUAUUCACAUCACGAAAUUUGGUGAGGAUUGCAUCUUUAAUUUCAUGUUAUGAUGCUAGACGCAAUUAGCUUCGUUCUUAAUGUACUUGUCGAUAUCACUUGAGUUUUGUUUUCGGUGCCGCAGAUAUUGACUUCUUAGUAUUUCGAUGUAUGUAAACAGCACUUGUCAAGUGCUUGGGUAUCGUCAUGGCCUCAUAACGGUGGGUCUCAGUACGACGUUGUGACUCAACUACCACUUUUCGACCAGCUUGUUAUCUGCAGAUUCUCAGUUUCGCUUAUUAGCCCAAGAAAUGUACAAUUGGAGGUUAACCGAAAGCGGUUAGGAAUCUCAGAUCACGUAUGUUACUCUCUAUUCGCAUUCAACUGGUAUGUUUUAAGCGGAUACUGUAUUUUAACACUACCCUAUGAGAUGAUGUGACUACCCACAAACGUAAUUCAGGUCGAUUCACUUUAGUUGGAUGUUAAGUAUUUUAUUAAAUCCUCGUUCAAUUAAGAUUCCUCAGUCGCGUAUAUGUGUCCUACCGUUCCUAAGUCUAUUUAAUUAGUAGGUAUCGUGUUUGUCGAAAUUCUUCUCUUUGCUAACUAGUUGACAAAGAGUAAUUAUUCCGGAGUAAUAAUUUCAUUGCCCAUAUGUAACGUAAUUAGUCAUGAGUGACUAUUUAAACUGAGAGUAUGCUGUUCUAUUUCAUACUGUUAAAUAGGGAACUAUUCUAGUUGAACGUGUCCACAGAGGCAACAUGUUAUUUAUUGGUACAGGAAAUAUGGGUGUAAGAACAAGUCCACUAUAGAAAUAUCGCUGACAAUCAUAAUUUCAUUGUAGCUAAAAUCUCGAUAACGUAAACAACUGCACCAAUCUUCGUUCUUGCUCUUCUUAAGAUUGUAAAAGGAGCGAUGUGUAUGAAAGUAAACAAAGAUGAGAUCCGAAACCAAGCAUUUCGGGUUUUUUCAGUAGUGCAUAACUCGACAACAUUUGCUGCACAAUAUCUGCGUCAAGUAGUCUGAUGAACAUUGUGCUGUAAUCGGUAUACAUUGCACUGUUGUAUCAGAUUGAAUUCACAGAUUGCAGCUUUCCACAUAGACUAUCUAUCAACCUGGAAAUGAUGAUUAAUCACUUAACGCGUUAUAUCAUAUUAGUAUCUACUAAGAAAGCAAGUUGUGUUUUGGGAGAUGCCUAUAAAUGAAAAGUAUUCGGCUAGUAAAGUUAGUAGGUGUUUCGGAAGCCAUAAACAUACUAUACGUUGAGAGUCACGAGGUAUACACACUGGGAUAUGUAGAGUUAUUCUCAAAGAGAACAUGAUUAACUUGCACAACAGCCAGUCCUAUAAGCAUGUGUAGAUCAACCGAAAGUUAAUCACAAUGAGAUAUAUGGGAGCUGCUGUAAGCUAAGAUCUGAAUGAUUUAUUCUCCAUGUCCCGGAAUUGUCCGCACCUCAGCAUUCCGAAUAAAGUUUUGAAAACCCAAUGUAACCCAUUAGUUCUGAUAUGCUAAAAUUAAGACAGCAAAAUAAAAAUAAGUAGACACCCAAAAGUGUUGCACACUGUGUCAAGUUGUUUCUUACUGCUGGAAUUAUACUUAAUCGGUCAGUUUUCGUCUUCAAAAUCCAUUUUAUAUGGAUUUUUUCCGAGGAUAUUAAUUCCCCGAAAAUUCUCCAUCGAAAAGUUUAACUUUCACAAUAAUUUCAUUUAAAAGAUCUGGCUUUACUAGAUGAUAUUUAUUGACCGGUAAACUGUCGUAUUCUAGCCUACUCUUUAUAUCAUUAAGUAUACUUGCAAUGACGAUCAACAAUGAUGUCACCACGUACCACAAAAACCCACCAUCUGAUAUUCUCUUUCAAUAGAUACAUAGGCAAGUACUAAAAGAACUAUAGGUACAGUUAGUAAGCAGAAUUAUAUGCGGUACAAGAUAUGGGAUGUCCAUUUCAUACAUACAUUGUAGCAUUAAUACAAGUUUGCUAGAUCCUUUUUAUUCUCCAUAGAAUUCUGCAGUGAGAUAUAGUACGCUACUUUACAAGAAAUACUUAUUGAUCAAAAUCCCUUGGUUGUACCGUACUGGAAAUUUAUUCUUAUAUCAAACAAAAUAUACAGAGAUCCCUGUUAUAGUCAUCAACUGUCCGAUAGUAAGAAUAAUGAUGAAUAUUUACCUCACAACUUUUGCAGUACUUAUGUCAAGUUUUUUGUUAUCACAUUUGUGGUUUCUAAACAGAAACAUGAACCAUACAGAGAGAGCGGUAUUUAUUUUAUUUAACACAUAGGUAUUGGUACAAGGAGGCACCAAGUACAUAUGUGCCACACGAAUCUCAAUUGAUUUGUGUGAGGGCUGUGAUACUGCUCGAAUGCCCAAACCGAAGCAGGUGGUUUUCAUAGGGGGCCACACCCCGAGCCUUUGACCUGAACGUCUGAUCCACAAGGCAGUGGAGCAUCGUGAGGAGAUGCAGUCCCAUGGUAGCCGGUGACCAACGAUUGGUUCAUACGCCAUUUGUUCCUUCAGGAUACUGGAGCCAGCCCAUGUGACCAUUGGUUUGGGAUGCGGUUAAAGCGCCGGACAUUCGCUUUUCGUCCUCUCAUUUUCGUAAACAACACCCCCGCCACGUGAAGGCAGUGAGUAGGACUUCCCUGGCAGGGGCUAUGUACGCGUGGCCAUGUGAGAGCAUUUCGAGAGGGAGAGCGGACUCUCCCCACUCUCGGCCGUACCAGGGCAUUUGGGGGCUGAGAGAGCGGUAAUUGGAUAUUUGUAAGUGCUAUUCGAAACAACUUGCUUAAUACUUUACUUUUGUACUCUAUAGUAUGAUAAAAUAUACACUUAGCCAUGUUGGUAGUUUUGGGAGUUCAUUAUCUUUCGUUUAUUUAUUAGGACGUGCGACAACUUUUAUCUUACUCAAUUGUUUUAGCAAAGUCGUUUCGAAUGCCAUAACUAUGAUGUCAGUGCUAAAUUGAAACAGACGAAUUGUCCAGAUACUUAGAUAUGGUGUCAUAUUCUGUAUCUUUGUGAUCGACAACCGAAGGCAGAUGAAUUAAGUAAAGGUUAGAAUAAAAGUAUUCCUGAAUGUAUAUUCACGUGAUUGCAUAAAUUAUCAUUUAUAGUAGUGAUAAACGAUCAACGUUCGAUUGGAUUUAAUGGAUACAACCGAGCCAGGUUAAAAGUAGAAUUGCAUUAACACCUUCUUGUAAUUGAAUUGAUAAUGACACUGGCUCUUAGAAUCACCAGGACUUGUAUUAGAAUGCAAAUAACACUAGCAAUAGAAAAUCCAGCAAUUGUACUAAAUUAAAAAAAUCUAAGACUGCAUUUGUCCGGUUUAAUCGAAAUGAAUAAAAACUGUCCAGAGUAUCAUUUAUCCAGCACGUCUCAAUUAGUUACACAUCAACACGUGAAUGUUAUAUGACUAACUAAUAAAUUGAUAGACAGGUAACCAGACAAAAAAAGUGAUGGAAAGAUUCACAUAAAAGGUACUUGCGUUAAUCACACAACUGAGCACAAGUUAACCAAUAUGAUUGAAUUAAUCCAUUAAACGAUUACAUGCUCAGUUAGAUGUUGUAUUUCAAAAUGGACAUACAAUUAUGUCCAUAUGAAAUACCAUAGAUGGCUGAGGACAUUACCCAAUCUGUCCAACCAGUGUAGGUGGAGCGCUCAUUGAACCUGUUAAUUAGUGGUUGAAAGCCUUGACUACCAAGCCAAC